AUGGAACGCAAACGGGUAGCAAUCGUCGGCAGCGGCGUCUCCGGCAUCAGCGCACUAUGGACGCUGCGCAACGCAGGCUACGAGGUUCAUCUCUUCGAAGCAGCAGACCGCCUAGGUGGCCACACAAAUACAGUCCGUUGGAAACACAAUGACCUCGAGACGCCUGUUGACACCGGCUUUAUCGUUCUCAACACUGCUACAUAUCCAAACUUCAUCCAGUUUCUAAACGCUGUAAACGUCAGGACUGAUGCCUCGGAAAUGACUUUUGGAAUAUCACGAGAUGCAGGUGCAUUCGAGUGGUCAGGCACAUCACUAGGCGCCCUGUUCGCUCAAUCUUCCAACGCCUUCAAGCUCUCCUUCUGGCGCAUGAUCUUCGACAUUGUUCGCUUCAAUCAAUUCGCUCUAGACCUGCUGUCGAUACCUCCAGGGUCGGCUGCUGCCAAAGAAGCGAACCAGGAGAGCAUCGGUCAGUACCUGGAGAAGCAUGGCUACUCAGACGCUUUCCGAGACGACUACCUGAUCCCAAUGACGGCGUGUGUGUGGAGUACAGGAGCGGAUAAGUGCGCUUUGGAGUUUCCUGCUUUGACCCUUGUGCGGUUCAUGUGGAACCACCAUCUGUUAACGACAGUGAGCGAGCGGCCUCCGUGGCUGACCGUGCAUGGCGGAUCCAAGAAUUAUAUCGAUGCCGUCAUGAGAGAAUGCAAAGACGUGCACUUGCAUCUCAGUACACAAAUCGAAUCCAUACAACGAAAAGAUGGACGCGUCCGCCUCGGCACAGGAGGCAAAGCCGCCGCCAAAGAGGAAUUCUUCGACUCCGUAAUCCUUGCCUGUCACGGCGACCAAGCGCGCUCCCUUCUCGGUUCUUCUGCCACGCUCGAAGAAAGUGAUAUUCUCGACGCCUUCGAAACCACGCCCAACAUCGCAUACCUCCACUCCGACCUCAGCUUGAUGCCCAAACGCCGCACCGCCUGGUCAGCAUGGAACUACCUGACCACCACUUCACCCACACCUUCGGCUCCCAACCCUUCUGGGACCCUUCAAACAGUGAGCUUGACGUACAACAUGAACAUCCUCCAGCACAUCCCUGUCUCCAAGUUCGAUAACGUGCUUGUCACACUCAACCCUGAGAUACCGCCUGAUCCAGCUUUGACGCAGGCACAGUUCGAGUACAAACAUCCCCUGUACAACGCACGCAUGGUUGCCGCGCAGGAAGAGUUGCACAGGAUCCAAGGUAAGAACGGUGUUUGGUACGCGGGAGCUUGGACAGGAUAUGGGUUCCAUGAAGAUGGAUUCAGCAGUGGAAUGAAGGUUGGUUUGCAGUUGGGUGGUAGUGUACCGUGGGAGGUACAAGAUGCCAAGUUUAGCCGGGGGUUAAAGCCCGAUUUGAAUUGGAAGGACUGGGCUGUGAGGACCGUAGUUGUCGUGAUCCAGUUGUGGAUUAUGGUGUUGGAGAGGCUUGUGGGGAGUAAGAAGCAGAGCUUGUACAGUAAUGGGGAUGGUUCGAUCGAUGGUAAGACAAAAGCUACGUAG